AUGGCACCUAAACUCGAGCACGUCUUCACUAUGAGAGGCUACAUGGACGCAGGAAACACCGUCAACCUGAAUGCUAUCAAAUCUGGUCCCCAUCGUAUUAUCGUUCCUAUAAAUGGUGGAUUUGUUGAAGGAUCCGGGCUCAAGGCCCAGGUUCUUCCUGGCAGUGGUGACUGGAUUUUAACUGAUCCCGCGACCGACGUCUCUCAUCUUGACGUCCGCAUCCAAGCCCGUACCGACAAUGGCCAUAGUCUUUACGUUCACUACAAUGGUAAACUCAAGGCAAACGACAAGGUCAAUAAAGUAUUGAGCUUUGCAUCCGAUGCAAAGAGUACCGACUACGGGGACCAAGAGUGGUUUGCUACACCAAUCGUGGAGACAAGUGACCCGAAUUUCAAAUGGGUGGAGGAAUCCGUGUUUGUUGCUCAGGGCCGUUUUGUUGUUGAGGAGAGUCGCUCGGCGGUGGAGUAUCAGAUUUACCGGGUUGUGAACUAA